AUGGGAUUCCUACUUCCGGUGCUACAGUGCCAGCAGGACAUCAGAGCUGGAAAGGAUGUUUCAGGAGGCAAGGAUGCACCAAAAGAAAGUGCUGCGAUGAACCCCGAUAGCUGUGCGGGAGCGAAGGGAAGAAGGAGCUCGGACUCUGGGGGUUCUUGUCGAGAUCGAGGUUUCAUCGCCACUUCCGGGCCAGUGAAGCAGGCCCUGCCCUUUUCCAACUUGCUGAUGUUCGCGCUGGCGGAGGUGGCAAAGGCUGCAGCUGCUCGCGGCCAGACACAGGCGAUGCAGAGCUGUCCCAAGUCCGCCUCUUGCCGAAGACUGCACUGUGAAGAGGCCGAAGUCGCGUCCAAAAAACGGCGCAUAGAUCUGAAGCCUGAUGGCGAUGUGACUCAGCGGAGUCCUGAGGGGUGCUGA